AUGUUUGGAAGAAAGACCACGAUCGAUCAUGAGGGUAAAACCUCUCCGGAAACACCAAAUCAUGGCGAACCAAAACACGAAGAUACCGAAUCAGCCACCCUACCAUCCUCAAGCACGAGCAUCGAGGAACAACCCGAAGACGAAGUAGUUGCUCAAGAACCACCAGAAGGAGGUUUAAUAGCAUGGCUAGCAGUCCUCGCCUUCUUCCUCGCAAUAAUGAACACAUGGGGCAUGAUAAUCUCCUUCGGCGUCUUCCAAACCUACUACGUAACAACUCUCCACCAAACCCGCUCCACAAUCGCAUGGAUAGGCUCCCUCGCCGUGUUCCUCCUCUUCUUCACCGGCAUCAUAAGCGGGCGCCUCACAGACGCCGGGUUUUACCGCUCCGUCACCUGCACCGGCGCCUUCCUCGUCGUGCUAGGCACAUUCAUGACAUCCCUGUCCGAGACCUACUGGCAAGUACUCCUUGCACAAGGUAUAUGUACGGGCCUGGGAAACGGGUGUUUGCUUACCCCCAUGUCGACGCUUGUUACGAGUUAUUUCAAGAGGAGGUUGCCGUUGGUGACGGGGAUUGCAGCGUGUGGGAGUGUGACGGGCGGGUUGGUGUAUCCGUCUAUGGUGAGGACGUUGUUGCCCAGUGUGGGGUUUGGGUGGACGUUGAGGGCGAUUGGGUUUAUUCAGUUGGGGACUUUUGCGGUGGCGUUGGUGGUUGGGCGGCCGAGGAGGGUGGUGAGGAAGAAGGGGCCGCUGUUGGAUGUGAGUGUGUUUAGGGAAGGGGCGUUUAAUUUGCUGCUUGUGGGGUCUUUUUUGGCUUUCCUGGGUGUGUUCUUCCCGUUCUUCUUCCUCAGCUCGUACGCGCGAGAGAAGCGGGGGAUGUCGUACACUGAGUCUCUCAACCUCACCCUUGUUCUCAACGGCAUCGGGUUUGCGGGUCGACUACUACCCAGUCUGAUCGCCCGAUACUGCGGCACGAUGAACGUCUACAUCACAUUCAUCUUCUGCUCUGCACUCUGCAUGUAUACCUGGGUCCCGGUACACUCGACUCCCGGGCUCUACGUGUGGACAACUUUCUACAGUCUUUCUGUGGGUGGGGUUCAGUCACUCUCCUUGGCGAUUGUUCCGAUCAUCAUCUCAGAUACAUCGAAGAUGGGUGCUUCGUUUGGCAUUGUGUUCGCGGCUAUUGGAGUUGGCGCAUUGAUAGGCUCGCCUGUCUGUGGUGCUAUCAUCACGUCGAGUGGAGGCUCGUAUACUGGUGCGCAAGCCUUCUCGGGGACUGUGUUGGUUGCUGGCGGGCUGAUCAUACUGGCUGCGCGCGAAGCGAAGAGGCGGCAGAAACAGGAAGACGUCUGGGUGAAGAUGUGA